UAUGCUUUCCCAACCUGGAAGCAACAUGAAGGAGCUCAUGUAUCGGAUGUUACCAAACGAAGGCGUCUAGCCUGGAUAGCAGCCGUGAGACGAGCUGAUAUCAAGUUCUGUUACGUCUCCAGAUAUCAGCUGGUGUGCUCACGACAUUUUCAUUCCGGGAAGCCUGCCUAUGAAAUGGAUCAAACAAAUCCAGACUGGGUACCAACGCUACACAUGGGGCACUCCGAAAUCCGAACAUCACAUUCAGACCGUCACAGGAGGCGAACACAACGUCAACAAAAUAAAGUACUAUUUGGAGGCUUUGACAAUGGAGCAGCAGAGUGUGAAGGUGAAGCCUCAGCAGAAGUUACCACAGAAGAGCAGCCAGAGAUGGACACCACCGAAGAGCAACACCAUAACAACCUUGUUAUUUUGGCUGAGGGACAAAUUUGUGCUGGACAAGUAGAAGCAGAGGUAACGGGUGCUGAUGCAGAAAACAUUGAUAUCAGAGAAAAACAGACAGAAGAUCAACAACUGACAAAUGAUUGUGUGCACUGUGUACAGAGCAGAGCAGAAAUAAACCGGCUGCUGGAGGAGAACAGAAAGCUUAAAUCAAAGUUGGACAAGACAGAGCUGAAUGAAAACUUUUUAAAGGGUGACACGGAAAAAGUGAAAUAUUACACCGGUUUUACUUGUUUUGCUAUUUUUAUGUCCGUGCUCGAGAAUGUAAAAGCUUUCCUACCAGCAUCAAAGAAACUGUCGCAUUUCCAAAUGCUUUUACUCACACUUAUGCGACUUAGACUUGAUCUUCCUGUCCAGCAUCUUAGUUAUCUAUUCAAUGUCUCCUACAAAACUCUUUCUUCUGUCUUUUCUGAUACAAUUGACGUGUUGCAUGCUCGCUUUGGAAUACUUGUACACUGGCCAGAGAGGCACUGUUUGCAAGCAACAAUGCCACCACAAUUUACGGACACUUUUGGAAAUCGUGUAGCCAUCAUUGUAGACUGUUUUGAAAUUCGUACAGAACGACCAUCUAAUUUAAAGGCUCGUGCUCAAACGUACUCACACUACAAGGGUACACACACCAUGAAAUAUCUGAUCGGGAUUACUCCACAAGGUGCAAUUUCAUUCAUUUCUAAGGGGUGGGGGGGCCGUGCAUCAGAUAAACACAUCACAGAGCAAUGUGGCAUACUUAACAAGCUGUUACCAGGGGAUGUAGUUUUGGCUGACAGAGGCUUUGACAUCAGAGAUGCGGUGGGAAUGAUGUGUGCGGAGGUUAAGAUCCCAGCAUUUACAAGGGGCUUCUGUCAACUAGAUGCCAAGGACAUAGAAAAUACACGAGCCAUUGCACACCUAAGAAUCCAUGUUGAACGAGUAAUUGGCAGUUUGCGCAACAAAUUCAAAAUGCUACAUACUACCAUGCCAAUCCGUUCUCUUCUUCCAUGUGAGGGUGAAGACGUUACCUUCCUUGAUAAAAUUGUGAGGGUGUGUUGUGUUUUGGUUAACAUGUGCCCCAGUGUGGUAGUGAAACCAGGCACACAUGAGACUUGUACUUGUUAAUUAAUAAUUGUUUAAAAAAGGAAAACCUUUUUAGUUUUUUGUAUGUGUGACUGUAUGAACACAU